AUGGACACACAACAAAGCCAAACGCAUGCUCUCAAAACCUCCCUUCCCAAGACAUAUGCCGCAGUCAAUGCUCAACAACGACCUUCAUACAUUCAUCCAUCAGAAGAAGAGCAAGACAAGUACCUGAAAGCAAGGCCCGGCGCAACUCAGCAGCACCUUGAGAUCGCCCUCCAACAUGCACAACAGAUUCAGAGUCAAAAAGAGGCUGAAGAUGUCAUCCUAGACCGCAUUCUAGAACUCCUCGAGCUCCCCUCCUCCUCAACAGCAGACCCUGCCACACCAUCCCAAGAAGAUACCAUGAAAUUCAAGACUUCUUUAGUGCCCUUUCGCCCUACCGACUACGAUAACCUGAUCUUGGAGCGAAAUUUUGAAGAGUCGUGCGGAUACACUCUCUGUCCGCGCAAGCAUCGCAAGCAAAAGAAUGGCCCGGGCGGCGGAUUUCAAUUUAAAUAUGGCCUCAAGGGAAGCGGGCCAGGAGGACGCGGGCGCAGCGUGGAGAUUGUCCCCCAGGAGCAGAUUGAAAAGUGGUGCUCAGAUGCAUGUGCAGAGCGUGCUCUGUUUAUCCGGGUGCAGCUGUCUGAGAAACCUGUAUGGGAACGUCGGGCGAGUGACACGCGGGGCACGACCAUUCUACUGCUUGAGGAAGCGCGCCAAAAACGACUUGUGGCACCAGCUGCCACAAGUUCUGUUUCUUCCGUCCUGAAUGACUUGCAGGGCAUGGGGCUCGGGAAUUCCGAUCGGUCCCGAGAGCUAGCGAUGGAACGAGGGGAUACCAGUUUGACUCGUCCGGACGGACGUGUGAACGUCGAUAUUCGGGAGAACGAGCGUGGAUCGCAGCAUGCUGCUCGCGCUCCGCAAAUGCGUCCUGAGGAUGCAAAUGGAGGCUCCAUUGAAGGAUAUAUGCCCAGGGGGCAGCGGGAGGAGUCCGUCGACGCAGAUGGAGACCGUGAUAUGCUUGAUCAGAUCUGA